AUGGUGGAAAAGAUGUUUGACAUUUCAGUUAACCGUGACUGGGUUCAGGAGGAGGAAAGAGGUGAAGAAAUACUUGAAAAUGAUGAUAACAAGAAUAGGAAACAAGUUGGUACUGAUGGAGCAAAGGAAGAAGUUUCUCUCGUAAAUGAGGUUUGUCUUUGUUGGUUGUGAAAUGUGACGUUUUUUCGUGAAUCCUUUGUUAACACAAGAACAUCUUAACAGUAGUUAUUAUGAAUUGAUUAUCGCCUUCAUAAGUUAGGUUUUAGUGAGAAACGCACCACGGUCUCCCAUUCUUUUGCUACAAUGUUCGUAUGAGAAAUAUGUACCAAUUGCCAGAUCGUUUUCUGGCAGGUUUCUGGUUAAGAAUUUAGGGUUUUUUUUAUUCUAGGAAGUUUAGUUCCGAGAGUAGAAUGCUACUACUAUCAGCCAUUUUGCUAUAUUUCCAUGGUUGUACCCAUCUACACGUAAGCUUAGCCUUUAGGUCAUUAGUGCGCGUCUGCAAACUAAAGUGAGUAUGACCUUAAUAGCCGUAUCUUUAUUUAUAUUUUUAAGUGUCAUUUAGGCCUUGAGUAUAGGUUUCGCGUAUUUUGUUGUUAAUCACAAUUUCGGUAUCAAGUUGUUUUCUUUUUCUUUUUUAUGCGAGAGUAAAGCCAAGGGGCUGGGGGACUCAAUCAAACACUGUUUUUCUAUAUAUUCUUAAAUUCACUGUUCCUUAAAAACGGCAAUAAUCGUGCCUCAUAUCUUUUUUUUUUUAGCUUUUAAAGAAUGUUCUGUCAUCAAUGACAAAUUAAUAAUUGGGUGUUCAUUAUUCCAGGUCGAAAAUUUUCAUUAUUCCAGUAAAAAGAACUCAUUAUUCGUAAUUCCGUUGAAAAAAUCCAUUGACUCCAUUAUUCCGCGCCACAAAAUGGCACUAAUCCAUUAUUCCAAAAAAACGUUUCGUCAUUCUUACUCUAUUUUUCCUCUUUACCCCCCAAAAUCGAACCAGAUAUGUUAAGUCUUUCAUUUUCAGAAUCAACAGUUAUUUUGUUGUUGUUUUUUCCUCGAACCUGCUACAGGUUGGUGAUCCAAACGAAGACAGUGGUAGUGAACUCACAUUAACAGGACCUGAUCAUGAGUUAGUGGUUGAUACUACUUCACCUCCAGAGGAGGUCAAGGAACGAGCUGAAAAUUUGGUAGAGUAUAUAAAAGGUAAAGGUGCUAAGGAAGAAUCUGUUAUCAGUAUUGAACUGUGGGAUUUUGCUGGACAACACCUGUAUUAUGCAUCCCAUCCUGUAUUUUUAUCAUCACGUGCGCUGUACAUCUUGGUGUGCAACCUCAGCAAGUCACUGCAUGACACAGCCAAGCCCUGUGUAAGACAAGGAUCUUGUAAUGUUGAUUUGGAAAACCCAAAUGGAGAAACAAAUCUCGAGAAUUUGUUGUCUUGGCUGUCCACAGUGCAUAGCGUCGCGCAGAUGAGAAGAGAAACCUGUGAUGAUGAAGAAGAAGAGGUGCCUCAUUAUUUACGUCCCCCAGUGAUCAUUGUAGGAACCCAUGCAGACAAACCAUUUGAAGACAUUGCAACAAUGAAAACAGAAAUCCAGAACGCAAUUGCUGGUAAGGACUAUGAAGGACAUGUGGUGCGGCCUAUCUUCAGCAUUGACAACACUGCGAAAUUACUACAGAGUAAGAUCAGAAAUGUUUUUACUGCGAAAGAUGAAAACAUUGAUGACAUCCAAGCUUUACAAGUCAAAAUCAUGGAAGUGCUAAGACAGGAGCCUUACAUUGGGGAGAGGAUACCUGUAAGGUAAGCAAUGGUUAUACCAGAAUGUUCAGAAUCCAUUAAAGUAAAUAUUAAAUAAUUUAUAUGUCAAGGGUUGAGCUGUGAACACACUGAAAUUACUGUUUAUGUGGAUGGCGUUUGUUUUCGCCAAUCCUUGUAAGAUUUUUUUUAUAGUGUAAUGUGUUUCAGGUGUCAUCAGUUGACUGUGACGCUAUGUAAAAGCGUAAACGCAAAACAUCUGAAUGCUGGUUUAUUGUAGUCCUUUACUUUGAUUAAAAAAAUUACAUUGAGAACGCAAAAAGUUCAUUGAUUCUUGUAUGAGCCACCUGGCGGUCAUACGAAAUGAAUAUCUCGUUGACUGAAACAAGUUCACCAUGAAAAGCAGUUUUGACUGGCCUUAAGGAAUAUUCUGCCCUGAAGGGUUUUAUAAUGUCAUUUUGAAUUGGCUGAAAAGAACUUUGUACAUUUCAUUGUUUUAAAAAGGUAAAGUAAAGUGGAUCACGCACCCGUUCAAUCUGUAGUAAGCUGCAUAACUGCACAGGGUCACAAAUUAGAACAUGGCCAGUUUUAGUUCAGCUUAUUUAAGCUUAUAUUUAUCUCAUCUUAACUUUAGAAAGACCAUAAAUACUAACUAAUAAAAAAUCUACACGGCUUUUCACAUGUCAGCGGUCAUGUUUUGUAACGUAUACAUGCUUCUAGAAAAUAAAAAAAUGCUUCUAGAAAAUAGAAAAAGUAAAUGAGCGUGCACUAAGAUAUGUUUACAAAGAUAAAACAUCAGCUUAUUAUGAACUGCUACAGCGAAUAGGUUUAGGAACCACGCUGGAAAACCGUCGUGUCCAGGACAUGUUAAUAACUAUAAACGCCUGUUUUCAAGGUACCGCCCCCACUUGCAUUAAGGAACUCGUUAAAAUGAGAGACAACAAGUACGAUUUAAGGGGCAAUAAUACGCUAUCACUGCCAAAAGUAAAUACUACAAAGUAUGGAUUAAACUCCUUCAGAUAUUUCGCCGCAAAACAAUGGAACAGUAUUCCAAAUGAAUUGCGAUUAAGAGCUGGAGGACUAGAAUUUAACAAACAAGUGAGGAACAUUCAAUUUUAGUUAUCUAAUUUUGUAAUUUUAGAUGCUAGAUAUUUUAUAUUUUUACACGUCUAUGUACAUAUUUUCUUUCUUUCUUUCUUAAUAUUGAUUUGUGGAAAACCUGCAAAAUAGCUUUAGCUAAGUGUUUCUCCCACGUUAAAUAAAGAUUAUGUUACGUUAUGUUAGCCCCAGUUGUUCAAACAGUGAAUCACUUUUAAGAGGAAAAAUGUCAGGAACCUUGAUGGCACUAUCCACUGGAUUUUGGAUAGAUAUUUAUCCAGUGGAAAGAGUUAUCCAUGUUUCGCACUACUGGGCUCUGUACUUUAGUCAGUACAGGUAUGCUGUGUCGCCACAUGGAUACUUAACGUGCGUUAUCAAUUUUUUCUCUGGUUUAAUAAACUAGGUGGCUGAGCUUUGAGAAUGUUAUCAACGCUUUGCUUUCCAAACCAGUUUAUUACCUGAGUAUAACGAAGCUACGGACCCAUGUUAAGGAGAAUUGCUUCGUCGAUGAUGAGGAAGAGUUUACCACCAUGGUGAAUUUCUAUCAUGACCUGAGAAUAAUUAUCAAGCACCGUAGUACAGUCAUCUUGAGUGCCAGGUGGCUGAUAGACUUGUUCGGGCAGCUGAUCACCAUUCCAGAUUUUACGAAAAUGGUAAGAAAUGGAUUUUAAACGUGUUUUAAAACUUGCAAGGUUUAUUAUAGUCCGGUUUCCAACGUGCUUUUAAACUUGCAAUGGUUCAUAAUGGCCCCCCUUUGGGGUGACUUAACAGGUGUGGCGGAUCACCCCAACUAUCAUGUAAAGGUGGUCAAAUUAAAAUAUUAUGUUGACGGGCGAGUUACCUCACCUAAACGGGUUACCUCACCUACUUGGGGUCCCCCACCUCCAUGUACACGGGCCCUAAGAUAAGGUCGUGUGCUAUUUUUAACCAGUUGGACAGGUUUUCCAAUUAUUUCUUAGUAUAUGAAGGUCUUGCUUUUUCAUCACGUUUGACGACUACGUGUAAGAACUGGGAAAAGUAUUCAUUGGUUGAUUCAGGUUGUCGAAGGAAUAAGCGCUAACUCGCCUGUGAAGUAGUUAUGCAAGUUCCAUUUCAUACUGUUUUCAUUAUCCAACAAGUUGUUCCCAAGGGCGGAUUUAGGGGUGGGCCCAGGGGGCCCAGGCUCCCCCUUUUUGUUCGGGAAUUUUUUUCUUUUUUAUAUUGUCAACGUGUGCCGGAUAGUACUUCGAGCUUUGUUACUUAAAUAUACUUUGUUUUAUAAACAUUGUUAAUAAGAAAGGAAUCUGUGUUCGAAGCCUACAUAUUUCAUACAGUGUUAAUUACCUCUUUAACCACAACCACACCCGUGGUUUAUUAAAUAUUUCAGCAUUUCAUGUUCAUUAUGGAAUCCAGGCAUUUGCUAAAUCUAAGCGUCCAGAUUGCACUAGAUUGCAUCUCAGAGAACUUCGAUCUCAAAAGUUUUCCCGGAGGAGCAUGCCCCCGAAUCUCCUUAGAAAAGUGCGCCGUUCGCAGUCCUGAUGGGCGCUAUCGCGCCCAUAUUGCUACUGUAUAUUAUAUCUCUAGGCCCCCUCUAUCACAAAAUCCUCCGUCCACCUUUGUUUCCAAGUUGUUCCUCUUUACAAUGCGCGCAAGUCGUGAAUAUUUAAUGAGGAGCAAAGCAAACUAGCCCUUUCUACCACGAAAAAACAUUUUUCCAUUUUCAUCCCUUUUUCCUUUUCCACAUUUCAUUAUUUCACAUUGUUUCCUUCCACCACGACAACCACGUUUCUAUUGUUUUCCCUCAGCGCGAGGUUAUGGUGAACGUUGUAAAGAAAAGAAAACCUGACUUCGUAAAUCUUUUAACUGGAUUAAAAAGAAUUGUGACGAACCAAACAGAGGGCUGCUUAGAAGGCUAUCCUCUUUACUUUUAUUCACACAGUAGUACUUGCUAGGCAGACUACGUAACCUUUUUCUUUAUAUUCGUCCCCACACAAAAACGGGAAACUCAAGAUCUUUUUCUUUGUUUGUUUACUUAAAAUAUUAAAUGAAAUUACCAAUAAUUUACAAGUACAUUAAUUAACUGGCUUGAAAUUCUCCCUAAAUAUCACUAUUUUAAAAUAGUUUUGUUAUUGUCCGUCACCUUAUUCCUUCUUAGGUUCCUAAGGUUGCCAAGUACUGGAAGGAAGUUAAAGAAAGCGGUGCUCUCCCCAUGGAACUGGUUGAUCUUGUGUUUUCCAGCUUUCUCCUGAAGGGUGUUGCCAGGAAAGACAUUCUUGAUUUGAUGGAACAAUUUGGAUUAAUUGCAAAAUUUUCAUCUUCAAAGGCAGGUGAAAAGUAUUUUGUUCCAUCUCAACUCAAAGCUUCGCCUGAUUCCCUUUGUUCCAUGGCGCCCUCUAGGCUGGACCCUUGUGCCCUGUAUGUUUACUUUGUCAGCGGUUCUGUUCCCCAUGGUCUGUUCACUCGGCUUGUUUCUCGAUCCGUCCGUUGGUGUUCUGAGGCUGGUCCAACUCAGCCCCCUACCCUGUUUCAAAAUGGAGCGUGGUUUGUUAUUGGCAAGCAAACUUUUCAUGAUUUUGUUCUUAUUUGUGAGAAGCAGUUUAUUAAGUUUUUUAUCAAGCAAAGAAACCAACCUCAGCAGAUCUCAGUAGAUGACACAAGUGAGGUGGCAGUGCAGGUUCGUAAGUUUGUGGAGGCAACUUUGCAAGUUUUGUCACGUGAUCUCUAUAAAGGUGGAUUGCAGUAUCAUAUUCGGGUCGCCUGUCCGUAUUGUCAGCGGCAAAAAUGCUCAAGCCAUGAUCAGAUUGCAUGUUCUCAUAGAGAUUGUCUUCACCUCCUUGAGUUAAGACGAGGCGGUCCUCUGAUUUGCAAGAAGAAACCUGCAGAGGAGGUACUCACAGUUACUGGACAAGAAAAGUGGUUCUCACAAAUAGAAAGUAAGGUAGGUAGUAGUGAAAUGCAAUCUCCAGUAGUGCUGGUAGCAUAUUACAUAUCUAUCGAAUACGCAUGCUACUUAAAAUUGUGUCUUUCUAAAGAGUAGCCACUGUAGCAAUAUAUUUAAACUAAAGAGGCUUCAACAAAGUCCAUGGAUGUGCUUUGUUAAGGCUAUAGUAUGAGGUUUAACGUAUGCCUUUAUUUAUCCUACCACGAGCCCCACUGGAGUGUAAGAGAAGGCUUUGUUGCUAUCAACUUAGCAAACAUUAGUACUUCAAAUCAAGUAAGUUGGGUGAUAAGGUCAAUUGACUUCCAUAUAUUAAUAAUUGUUAUUGGUCUAAUAGGCAUAGCAGUUGGCAUAUGAGUUUUUCUCAAGUCUUUUUUAAUGUGCUGUUUUGCUUUGCUGUUGAGCAAUGAGUUUAUAGCAUUUAACGUGUUAACAUGUCUUGCAAACUUUCAUUCAAAAAGGUAGAACCCCCCAGACGUAAAAUUUGUAUUUUAUAAUAUGCAAUUUUGGUUGCUAUGCAGGAAGCGUGUACUCCAUCAUCAUCACCUGAUACCAAACAAGCUCGUCCAGAGCGUCUGGUACUGAAAGUUACCCUUCUCGCGAAUGAGUGGGGAUCGUCUAAGGGUGGCUUGUCAACAAUAAACAGAACUCUUGCCAUACAUUUGGCAAAAGACCCACACGUAGAAGUCACCAUUCUUGUACCUGAAUUUGAGUGUGGCGAAGAGCAUAAGAGAGCUGCCAAAAGUCACAACAUUUCCAUCCAGGAAGCAGGGCGCCUUCCUGCCUACAGUGAUCCUCUUGACUGGUUGAUCGUUCCCCCAGACGACCUUGACAUUCAGGUUGUGAUCGGCCAUGGAGCAAAGCUUGGUAGACAAGCACAGAUUAUAAGAAAGUCUCAUUGCUGUAAGUGGGUGCAGGUUGUUCACACUGAGCCUGAAGAGCUGGCAAUGCAUAAGAACUAUCCAAGUGCCAUUGCCAAGGGAGAAGAGAAGAACAGAGCUGAAGUUGACCUUUGUCAAAUUGCAGAUCUCGUUGUAGCCGUUGGACCAAAGUUAAAAGAAGCGAUCGCGUGCAAGUUGCGUUCAUCUCAUCGAGAUAUCUUUCAAUUAAUACCAGGUUCCUUUGCAGAGUUAUCAGAUAUUGAACAUGGUGCAGAAGAUGGUGUAAAUUUCAGAGUAUUGACCUUUGGUCGCGGUGAUUUGGAAGACUUUAGUCUUAAAGGAUACGACAUUGCCGCUCAAUCCAUAGUUGAAUUGAAGGACAGUUCCUAUAGUCUUGUUUUCGUUGGUGCAUCCGAUGGAAGGCAGGAUGACGUCGCAGAAAUCUUACUCCAGACUGGCAUUUCAAAGAACCAGCUGAUUGUGAGAUCAUUUGUUAAAGACAAACAAAGAUUGAGAGAAUUGUUUUGUGAAGUCGACCUGGCCAUUAUGCCAUCAAGAACUGAGGGGUUUGGUUUGACAGCAUUGGAGGCCAUGUCAGCUGGUCUUCCCAUUCUAGUUAGUGGAAACUCUGGAUUUGGAAAAGCACUGCGUGGUCUUCCAAUGGGUGAAUCAUUUGUGAUCGACUCUGAUGACCCCAAGGAAUGGGCAAAGGCAAUUGCAGCCAUCCGUCAAAAAUCACGGGCGCAACGGCUUGAGGAAAUCCAAAGACUGCGAAGAAGUUAUGAUGAAAGAUUCUCUUGGGAGAAACAGUGCCAGUCCCUUGUUGACAGGAUGUGGAAGAUGGUCUAUGGUAAGAAAUCAAAUUUACCGAUAGAAAAGUAAUGAUAAUAAUAAUAAUUAGUACCUGAUGAUUUUCAAAUGCGUAUCUUUUCAGUAUUAUCCUCCACUUGGUUUUAUAAUUCAUCUCUGUAUGUCCAUCGCUUCUGCAACAGCGAUUGCAUAAAUACAUUUUUACUAUAUUAUGUUUCGUGGUCCAUGUGCAUCCCUGCAGAAAUAUUUUUGUUAACCUUUUAUCCUUAAUGUUAGCGUUCACUUUCUCCACACUGUUCUUCAUACAUUUCUCGUGUUACUGAUGAGGAGAAUUUGUUUAACAAUCAAGAUCUUUUUUUACCGGCUGAUCAAUUCCAUUUUUUAAAACUUUCAUGUAUAAUUUUAUAACAUAUGGACUACAAUUGAAAGAGUUAACGAUAAAUUGAAAUUUUAAAUCCAUAAGAUUGCGAUACAUCAAAGUCAUCUGAUUUCUAUUCAUAUCCAGUAGCAAUGGUGGGUUGUCACAAAAAAUGAAGGUUGGAAUCGUUCAUUUUUUUUUAAGAGUGACAUAGUUUUCUGUAAAUCAUCAAUUUUUUAAUCUUUACAGGUCUUGAAAAAAACAGAGAAGAUGACGUUCCACAGAACGACUGUGAAAAAGAUGCUGCAACAGGAGCGAUAGCAGGUAAUUUCAUUGUUUGUUUUGUCAAUUAAACCAGUAGACUGAGGUUAUUUUCUUCUGUUAAACCAGGGUACUUUCCAUUUUUCGGGUGCUUUUAGCUUUUCAAUGCUUAGUGUAGCAUCUCCAAGUAGACUGACGUAAAAUAAUGUUUCCCUCUCCCGCUUACAGGCCAAACCAUUUAAAUUUACUGCUAAUUUUAAACUUUUGCAGGUGUUGAAAAAAACCGAGAAGGUGACGUUCUAAAGAACGACUUUGAGAAAGAUGCUGCAACAGGACCGAUAGCAGGUGAUGUCAUUGUUUGCUUUGCCAAUUAAACCAAAGCCAAAAUAUAUUUUCGCAGUAGAGUGAAGUUACUAACUUACUAGAAUGACUCUGAAGUUUAAUGCUUUGAAUAUUUUCAUUUUAAUAUUGCAUAGAAUUUUAGACUUUUAUUUUUUAGAGUUUUGCAUAGCAUGGAAUUUUAUUAUUAUUGUUGUUAUUAUUAGCUUUUCAGGAAUUUUUUGGAUUGUAACUUAAUGUUAAGCGCUUUUGAAUAUUUUAUAGUUCUAGUACUAUACAAAUUCUCUAUCAUUAUCAUUAUCACUAUCUCCUAUUAAACAGGCGUGAAAUAACCUCUUCGUGUAUCUUAUUUUGUCUUUUUCAUCUUCCGCUCACAGGUGAACCCACUUUCCUUGCACUUCAACAAAUCCUGUUGGAAGCACGCACAGAGUCCAGCAAAACUGUGCUGUCGCAGGCUUUAAAGACGACUGCGUUGGAGAAAGGUUUUGCGAUUUCUGACAAUCAAGGGGAGGGGAACUGCAUGUUUUUUGCACUUUCAGAGCAGCUUGACGUCAUCAAAGGAAUUCAAAUGCCCCAUGAUGAGUUACGCCGAACUGUUGUACAACACCUUCGGGAAAACCCCAGGCUGGUAAGUAUCUUAUUACCUUAUUAGGGUGCACACACCUGCAGUAUACGCGCAUAGCCGUGGCAUUUGUUCGCUACAUUGUUUUGACUCCUCUCAAAGUUAAAAAAAAUAAUAAUAAUAAGGCCCUGUCCACACGUAUCCGAAAUACGGGUCCACACGAAGAGUAUUUGAAUCUUUUUCGCCAGUCCACAUAAAAACGCUAAAAUGAUUGAAAUACGAUAGCAUCCAUUUACAGAGCAUGCGCAAUGCUGUAUUCUAAAUCCUCUGUAUUCGUCCAUCCGCACGUCGUUUGUUAAAACCUGCGUUUUUGGUGCCAGGAAAUGCCGAUCACGUGUGGGCAGAGGGCUAAAACGGACAAAUAAAUCUCCGAUUUAAAAAAAAUAUAUCUGGAUACGAGUGGACGUGGCCCUUAAAUUGCUGCGAUUAAAUGUGACGGCUUUACGGGUAUGCUGCAAAUGAAUUCAUCCUUUAUGAGCAAAACAACAGCUAACUCUGCACGAGCAUCACGCUUUGCUUCUUCGUCCACUCAAUCAAUCAAUCAAUCAAUCAAUCUUUAUUCCUCCUAAGAUAAAAAGACAUAUCUUCAGUUACAUCAGCAGUUGGGAGUCUAAAAAUACAGAAGACAUACUGUAUACAAAUGAAAAGAUAAAAAUACAUAAGACAUACUGUAUACAAAUAAAAGAAAGAUCAAAGAUUAUAUCUAAAAACAAGCCUAUUUACAAAAACAUUCGUAAAUCUUUCAGUCUUUAUAUCCAGGCGAUGAGCAGUUUUGUUUUUGAGUUGAUACUUUGUUUCUUUCUUCUUUGGAAUAAUGUUACUAAGCUGGCAAUCGGGAUCCGCUGAACGUACCUUGAAAAGCUUCUUAUCUGUCUUUUCUAAAAGUUCUCGAAUGUCCAUUCUCUUAAAUGUGUAUUUCCUUUUAAAGCAUCUAUCCAAAACGUUUUGUAUGACCGUGAGAUCUGAGUCUACAGCGCCAUAAACAGGCAGACCAUAAGUGAAAUUCGGAAAAAACUGAGGCGCUAAAUUGGUGGUCUACUUCACCUUGACUGAAAGCUCGCUUUCGUAGAGAUCUUAAUGCAAACAGACACUUAUUUGCCUUAAUCAACUUAGCACGUACGUGUUCGCUAUAUUUACAAUUCUCCUGAAACGUAACGCCUAAAAUGGGCAGCUCCGUGCAUUGCGGAAUGUUAUUAACUUGCGCAAUAUCCUGAAUAAAACCUUUCUUGCGAAAAAUAAUUUCUUGACAUUUCGACGGAUUACAAAUUAUACUCUUUCCUUAGACCAAAUUAAAAACUGAUCCACCAAAUCCGUACGACAGUGACCAUUACUCCAAAUGGGAACAAUGAGAGUAUGAUUAUCUAUGCUGAUUUCCAGAUCAUUAAUAAAAAUACUAAAUAAGUACGGACCACUCACACUGCCCUGUGUAGUGCCCCUGUUCACUUAGGGUCAUCUAGAAACAAUAGACGGUGUGCUGCAUACUGAGGAGCGCGUCUAUACAGUUCCCCCCCCCGUCCUGUAGGGAAACUGAGUUGAGCUCAGAUGUUGCGGCACGACUACGACGCAAAACUUCUUUAUGUGACGUUUUGUGGAGGGCAUCGAACACUCGACGGUCAAUUAUUGUUUUUGGGCUUGGACACAGUCACUAAGGGCUGAAAUCCAAGAAAAUUCGUCGACUUAUGUCAAACUCACAUUAUAUUAAUAGUAAACAUCCAUUCCCUCAUCUCUCUUACACGUGUAACGGACACCUCCCUAAAACCUACUAAACCUACUCCACCUCCCUAAAAGUGUUGGUCCCUGCUGUUCUUAACUGUUGUUUUUAUAUAUAUAUAUAUAUAUUUUUGAGGGGAGUAGUAUAGGUCACACAGGUUAGACACCUUUUUUGUAGUGGAAUCUUAUUACUGUGAAGUGGAAUAAAUUAACGUCGAUGACAUCUUUAUCUCAGCAAUAAAAUGCGGUCGAAUCUCAUCAAGAUAACGUCACGAGCUAUUUUUAUGUAGUAUUUAGUAUAUUGAUUGAUUAUUAUAUUGAUGAUGUAACUUGUUGGGAUCAUGUCCUUUAUUUGUGAGAAUGAUUUUGUUGAUCAUUUUAAAUGAAUGAUUUUCCAGUAAUCGGAGACUUGCAAGUCGCUGCAAAGAAAUGUAUGGCGUGGAAUUGUUUCUCCGUUAAAUAAAGCAAAGUCUUUGGACAUAGAAUGCCGCAUUUUGCUGUGAUUUUAUGAGAAGCGGACAAGACUAAUGUUUGUGCGUUGAAAUUAUAAGUUCUUGUGGGAUCGAUGCGAUGAAUUCUAUCGGUAAACACUCCUUCUUGCGAAAAGGUCGACUGUGAAAUUUACUGAAUGGUCUCGAAAUAUAUAGUACUAACUUAGGUAUAAAUGAGCGGGGAAUGCGGACUCAUUUAAGCCUUUCCAGUUGUAGUUACUUGUGCUGAUAUUUACAACGAGUGUAAUUACGCUGAGCUCGGGGCGAUCACAACGCUGAGCCGGUUUUGUGACAACGAUCAGGUACACAUAGAAUUUGAAAUGUACUAACUUUAAAAACAAAACCGUCUCCCCAAGUUGGUAUGUUUAUUUCUUCUCGCCGAAAAAAACGCUAGCAAAAUGUUUUGUCUUGAUCCAGAGCAACAAUGAGUUCUAAUACCUUUUCCAAUCAUUUUGUGGGAAGAUAAGGAAUCUCUGAAUUUCGCACAUCAAUUUUUUUUUCAGUUACACUCUCACCGCUUUUGUAUCGGAAAUCUUACUCGUUUUGCGACACUCUCUCUUGCUAUUUCUGCCUCAUCUACUAAUGCUUUUAUACCAUGUACUUUCCAUGAAAUAUUUCGAAGAUGUUACUUUGUUUAUACCAACGUAGAGGAGGAUUUUUUGUUUUUAUGGCCACGCACAUACCUUCGAUUGUUGUCUUGUCACAACCGCACAGCGCCGCAUAGCGCUGAUCGCGGCCGAGCGUAGUUACACUCGAUGUAAAUAUCACCACACGGAAUUACAACUAAAAAGCUUAAAUGAGCCCCUACAUUUAUACCAAAAUUUGCACUAUGUAUUUCGAGACCUUUCAUAUAGAUAACUGAAUUCAGUAACCAUAAAUUUUUCUCUCAACCUCAAGCAAGGAGUGUUUAUCAAUAGAAUUUAUCGCCCUAAUCACACAGAAACUUGAAAUUUCAACGCACCAACAUUAGUCACCUCCCCUUCUCAUAAAAUCACGCCAUAUAUUUUCUCGCAAUGUUCGCCCCCUGGCGAUCCUAUGAUCCUGUGCGCAAAACAUGGGUCUCCGAUUACUGGAAAAUCAUUCAUUUUGUGUUUCAUGUCUUUAUUUGGUUAUGAAGACACCUGUGACUUAAAAUCACUGAACCAUGACGCCCUCAGUGUCCAUUGCAGGCCACUUAGGGUGUGUUCACAUUGUACCGUAUAGCUUUUUCGCCGGCACGAAAAUCAGUUCACACAUAAGAACGGUGAUUUCGGCCCGAUUUCUGUUAAAUGGAGAGAAGCUGUGCCUCGCUGAUCUCUUAAGUGGAGAGUCACAUAUCGGAUAGAUGUCGUGUCUUCACUAAACGUUAUCCGGUAGAGUGUGAAGCCUUAUUGUUCUGGUUCCAGUUCACUGAUUCUUGGCGCGCAAAGGAGAUAAAGACGUCAUCGACUUUAAUUUAUUCCACUUCAAAAAAGGGGUCUAAUGAGUGCCUCCUACACUACUAACGUGGGAAAAUCAUUUUUUAUUGCCGAUACCAGCGGGGUCUGCCUUAGGGAGAGCUGACAGCGCGGCUGCCUGGAUGUAUACCUUCUACAAAAGCACUCUACCUGUUUCUCUAUUAACUAGAGUAUUUUUCUUCUUUUCUUACAGCCAGAUGGAACAGACCUGUUUCAUUUUGUGGAUGGAUAUCCAUCUUGGGAUGCCUAUCUCACAAGCAUGACGGCAGAUGGUUCAUGGGGUGAUCACGUGAUUCUACAUGGCGCGGCAAACUGUUUUCAAACGUGCAUCCACGUGAUCAGCAGCCUUCCGCAUCGCCAUGACGUAAUGAUCUGCCCAGAGUAUGAUGUUACUAGUUGCAACCGGCUUGUGCUGGGUCACGUGUACGAGCUACACUAUGUUAGCCUUAUUCCACAGAAAGGAGGUAAAGAUGACUGAUAAUACUGCGAUUCAAGAGUUGCUAACUGGCGUUAUCAAAUGGAAGACAUUUCACUUUUAUUGUGGCACCUUAUUUGCAAAAAUGUUCGAAGAAAUAAGAGGUCUAUUUUUUCACAUGCAUAGUUUUUUAAUCCGUCAGUUUUCUUAUUACGAAACAAUUAGCUGUUUCAAUAGACUAAGUAUUCAUAACAAAAAAUUUUCUGCCUCAAAAAAUUCAUGUAGCUCUCUCAAUUACUUACAUAAAUUACUGUAGUGUUCUUAAUAGAACUUGCUUUUGGGGGCCACCACAUGGGCUGCAGUCCCGUGUAAAUAUUCCAUCAUUAGACCCUGUUCUAACUUUCGACCAGUAUCUAACCUGAAGUUUUUGUCUAAAGCUAUUGAAAAAGUUGCAGCCAUGCGUCUAACGGAUUGUUUGUGCGGUAAUAAUCUCAAUGAAAGUCUCCAGACUACCUUUAAGAAACACCACAGUUGUGAGACAGCGCUUCUACGUGUUCAAAAUGAUAUACUAAAAUCAAUCUAUAAUAAACAAUGCGUCGUUCUCUUGCUGCUGGCCCUACCAGCAGUCUUCGAUACCUUCGAUCAUAAGAUCUUGUUACAAAGACUUCGAUUCAGGUUUGGUACAAGAGGAAAAGCCCUUGCGUGGCUUCAGUCUUAUCUUACGGAUCGUUCCUAGUCAGUUCAGAUUGUUGAUUUAUUCUUCAGUUUGUCCGCUCAGACUUGGUGUACCCUAGGGGUCCGUGUUGGGUUCGUUGCUAUAUCUCUUAUACACGGCCCCACUGGGUGACCUUAUACGAUGGCAUGAUAUGGAAUUCCAUCUAUAUGCUGAUGACACUCAACUGUACACACCUUCGGUUGUGAUGACAGCGUUGAUCUUACCACUACAAUUUCCCGGAUUGAAUGCUGUCUUGUCGAUAUCACUAACCGGAUGACUACUAACAAACUGGAACUAAAUAAUGACAAAACGGAACUUCUCAUUCUCCAUAAUCUAGGUUCAGACUUCCUCCGCGGCUUCCUUCUAUAAAACAGGAACUGAUAUCAUCAAGCGUACAAAUAAGGCGCGUCAUAUCGGCGUCAUUUUCGAUAACACCAUAACUAUGUCUUUUCAUAUCAACAAUAUAGUUAAAGAGGUAUUCUACCACCUUAGAAAUAUAGCUUCGUAAGUAUAUCAAUGUUACAACGGCUGAAGUUCUUGUGCACGUAUUCAUAAAUUCCAAGCUGGAUUUCUGUAACUCGCUUUUAUAUGGUCUUCCCAAGUAUGAUAUUAAGAAGCUGCAAAGUGUCCAAAACGCUGCAGCGAGUAUGAUUGCUUGCUUACGUAAGUUUGAUCAUAAUAGCGAUACUCUAAAGGAGCUGCAUUUGCUACCAGUGGAGUAUAGACGAAAUUAUCAACCAUACUGUGGAGCAAAGAUUAAUCUUUUAUGUUUCAAGAUACUCAACAAUUUAGCUCCUGGUUAUUUGGUAGACCUUCUUCUUUGUUUAUGAACCUGCGAAGUGCCUUCGCUCAUCUUCAGACGAAUGGCGUCUCGUUAUUAAACCCUAUAGCUAUAAGACAUACGGGGUUAAGGGCUUUUUCAGUCAUUGCCCAUUUUCUGUGGAACGAUGUGUCUAUUGAUAUUAGACCGAUCGAUGAUGUGAAUAAAUUUAAAUCUAAAUUGGGACCAUUCUUUUUUAGCGAAAAAUUCAGAAAUAUUGUCGUUAACCUUUUUAACCUUAAUGUUACUUUCACAUUCUCCGCACUGUUCACCAUACAUAUCUUGUUUUACUGAUGAGGGGAAUUUGUUAACAAUCAAGAUCUUUUUUACCUGCUGAUCGAUUCCAUUCUUUAAAACGUUUAUGUAUAAUUUUAUAACAUGUUGUUGGC